AUGACUUCCUCAGUACAGCAUACGCGCUUGCCUGGUCCAAUCCAAGCAAUAGCUUGGAACCGGGACUGUACCAGCAUUGCAGUAUCGCACUUAUCGAACGAUUUAUCACACGCAUCCCACGAUGUCAUAAUCUAUGAGAUCACCUUUACACCAGCAGGACAGCUAUCAUGGUCAAAGGUCGCUGUCCUCAAAGGCCACGAACAGCUGGUCUCCGGCCUACACUGGGCCCCAGGUUCAGAUCAGAUCCUCUCCUGCUCUUACGACCGCAACGCCUUCGGGGGCAGGGUAUCGGGGCCACCUGCUGCGGCCCAGGGGCCAUGGGAGAAGCAGAUGGUGAUUACGCGGCUGACCAAGGGGGCCUUAUGUGUGCGAUGGAGUCCCUCCGAAACCAAGUUUGCAAUCGGCAGCGCGGCCAGGGUCGUGUCAGUGGGGUACUACGACAAGGAGAGCAACUGGUGGGCCUGCAAGAUGAUCCGCAAGGCCCACGAGAGCAGUGUCGUGUGUGUUUCCUGGCACCCCAACUCGCUGUUGCUAGCCACCGGUUCUACGGAUAAAAGGGUGCGCCUGUUCAACGCGUACAUGGACGGU